CUUCGGUAUAGGUGUAUAAGUAUGCCUUAGGUACUUGCUCAACAACUCGAGAAUGGGUGCUACAAACGCCGGCGGAACCGAUCCUCGAGCACCCCAUUCCUGAGGCAUCUCCGCUACGACUCCUCUUGCAAGUCCUCUGUUGUUUUUGAUGAGGAUGAUGAUGGUGGUGGUGGUGUUGGUGCCGAUGAGGGUGAUGGAGAUCAGGAAGACUGCAUCAACCAGUGUGCAUCCGAGCUUCAACAGCGAUUGACCUGUGUCGACUUGGAAGUUGCACUGGAGAGAGACUAUCGAUAGACACUUUUGUUCAAGUCUAAAACGUCCUCCAGAGACCCGAGGCGCUUGAUUAUACUGUUUUUGUUGUUCUUCCCAUGGUUCAGGUUAUAGACAUUGCAGUCUCAACUCUAUAGCCCACCUGAAAUUACCCCAAGGGCGUGUUUUCAUCGUCUGGGCACCCAAUCUACGUGAGUCAUGGGCACGGGUGUGGACAUGGCACAAUCGGAUGGGAAGACCAUGCAUAUUCCCAAAAAGAUAUGCUGGACCUUGGCUCUGUUGGCUUUGUUGGCCUGCCUGGCUGUGGGUCUUAUUGUUUACUUCGUGGGUGUGAGUGGAGACUGUGUACCCAUUAUUACAAAUGAGGCUCAAAAUGGCAAACCAGGAGCAUCAGAUAUCACACCAAAGGUGACUGAUGUCCGACUGCCACUCCAUCUUAUCCCUGUGAAGUACAAGGUGCAAUUGGUGCCAUUCAUCAUUCCCGAUAAUUACACCAUCAAAGGCUAUACGGAGAUCAGCAUGCAUUGUGAGAAAGCCGCUUCUAAUGUGACCGUUCAUAUCAAAGACCUGGACUUGGAUGAAGAUUCAAUUCGUUUGGAAGACGACCGAGGUCAAUCAUUGAAAAUAUCUGAGCACACUUAUGACGAGGAGAGGGAAUUUUAUAUUGCACAGUUGCCCGCCGAUCUUGAGCCACGACGAAAUUAUACGCUCAAGAUUCAUUUCGUGGCCAAACUUGACGCCAGUUUAAAGGGCUUCUAUCGCAGUACAUAUCAAGACAAUCUAGGAAACGAUGUUGUGAUUGCAACUACUCAAUUUCAAGCCACGGAUGCCCGAAAAGCCUUCCCUUGCUUUGAUGAACCCGCUCUGAAGGCCAAGUUUGAAAUUAGUCUGGGUAGGACGCGAAAGCAUUCUUCAAUAUCGAAUAUGCCCAUCAAAGCCGAUGGUUUGGGAGUACCUAUGGAUGGGACGGACGAGUACGUUUGGGAUCACUACGAAGAGUCCGUACCAAUGUCCACCUAUUUGUUAGCUUUUGUGGUGAGCGACUUCGAAUACGAAACAUCGGCUCCAACUGGAAAUAACGUGAGGUUCCGCAUCUGGGCUCGUAAGAAUGCCCUGGACCAAAUUGCUUAUGCGAAGAGCAUUGGGGCCAACAUCUUGAAAUUCUUUGAGGAUUACUUCGAUGAGCCUUACCCAUUGCCAAAGCAGGACAUGAUCGCCAUUCCGGAUUUCGGUGCUGGUGCCAUGGAAAAUUGGGGCUUGAUCACUUACCGAGAGACUGCUCUUUUAUACAAACCCGGGGUUUCUGCCUUAAAUUAUAAACAGAGAAUAGCAGUGGUGGUGAGCCAUGAAUUGGCCCACCAAUGGUUUGGUAAUCUGGUCACGCCCUCGUGGUGGACUGAUUUGUGGCUGAACGAAGGUUUCGCCUCCUACGUAGAAUACAUUGGCGUUGAUGCAGUUGAACCUGGAAUGAAGAUCCUGGAGCAAUUUAUCACGAGUGAACUUCAAUCCGUAAUGCGAAUCGACGCCUUGACCUCUUCCCAUCCCAUUUCCAUCACAGUCAAGCAUCCUGAUGAAGUAGCCGAAAUCUUUGACCGCAUUUCCUAUUCCAAAGGAGCCACAAUCAUUCGAAUGAUGGAUCACUUCCUGACUACAGACACUUUUCGGAGAGGAUUAUCCAACUACCUCAAGGCCAAGCGAUUUCAAGCUGCCGAGCAAGACGAUCUUUGGCAAUUCCUGACUGAGCAGGCACAUAAGGACAAUAAGCUCGCAAGGGACGUGACGGUCAAGGACAUCAUGGACACUUGGACCCUUCAAAUGGGGUUUCCUGUGGUCAAUGUGGAACGUAACUACAACACCAACACAGCCAGUGUUUCACAGGAACGCUUUUUGAAUGGAAAUGAGGACGAGGAGACCAACGAUGGUCACGAUUAUCAAUGGUGGGUCCCUUUGACCUUCACGGGAGUAGAUCAAUCGUUUGAAGACACUUUCCCUAAAACGUGGCUUAAACCCAAAGACAAAGCGAUCAAAGUCACAGGGAUGCCGGAUCGAACAACGGCUGUCAUAUUUAAUGUUCAAGAAUCUAGUUAUUACCGUGUGAAUUACGACAUUAAGAAUUGGCAACUCAUUAUUGACCAACUCAAUACGGACCACACUCUGAUCCACGUGAAUAAUCGCGCCCAAAUCAUUGACGAUGCCUUCAAUUUGGCUCGGGCGGGACGUUUGAAUUACACUAUCGCAUUGGGCGUGACACAAUAUCUGAGCCGAGAAAUCGAGUUUAUUCCGUGGAAGGCGGCAUUAUACGGAUUUGGGUACAUUGACACCAUGCUUGAGCGGACACCAGCGUACGGGGAAUUCCAGCGUUAUAUGAAGACAUUAAUUCAUCCCUUGUACAAUCGUCUGGGCUUUCAACCCAAAUCUUCGGACUCUCAUCUGGAAGUGAGUCUAAGGGCAAGUACAAUUUCUUGGGCAUGCUCAGUGGGAAUUCAAGAGUGCAAAGAAAAGGCCAAGGUGGAAUACAAGCGAUGGAUGGACAUGAUUAAUCCCGACGCCCCCGGCGCCAACCCGAUAAACGUGGACCAAAAACGACCCGUAUAUUGUAGCGCCAUUGCUCAAGGCGGUGAGGAAGAGUGGGACUUUGGGUGGCAACGCUAUCUGAAUAGCAAUGUGGGUAGCGAAAAGUCCACCAUUCUUGCGGGUUUAUCGUGCAGCAAAAAGCUCUGGAUUUUGAACAGAUACCUCAACAUGUCCUUGACAGAGGGGUCCGGAAUCCGAAGUCAGGAUGGCCGAAGUGUGGUCUCGAAUAUCGCAUCCAAUAAUGUAGGCAGAGACAUCACUUUUGACUUUAUUCGUGAGAAGUGGGACGUUGUCCUGGAUUACUAUGCCGGCAGCUCAUUUGCCAUAUCUGGUCUUCUCAAGAACGUGCUCAAAGAUAGAAAUACCCAAUUCGACAUUGAUGAGAUUGUUCAAUUCCAAGAAAACCAAGAGGGCAAGCUGAGCACUGGUCAGCGGGAAGUCAAGCAGGCCAUUGAGAAAGGCCAAAAUAAUAUUCAAUGGAUGAAGGCCAAUUACUUGACUAUAUAUGAUUACUUGAAAGCGAGGAAUACCGAAGGCAGGAAGUUUUAGACGACUGCGUCUUGUCUAGUCGUGCUAGUCUUUGCACAAUCAAUGGUUGUCUUCCUAUACUUUUCACAUGAAACCGAAUGCAAUAAUAGAAACUACUAUGUUCAAGUAAAUGAAACCUGUUGCUGUUGAGAACAAUAAUAUUCGAUUUGGUAAUUCUUACACUCUCGCGGUGAAAAAGUUUUUAUUCACGUUUUCGAGGAAAAAAUAAACUUGAACCCAAUUAUGUUUUGUAAUAAACCCUUUUCAAAACACGAA